AGAGCCUCCACGGUGCUGUCAGUCGGGGGGAUCCGGCAGCAGUUUUCCCUCCCAGAAAACAUUCAGAUGUCAAGAUUCUCCGCCAGCUUUCUCCGCAACAUCAAUGAGCACCUCGGGGUGCUGAACGAACCUCCCAUCGACAUCCAGUUCCAGCCCUCAGGAUACCUCUUCCUGGCCUCCCCAGAGGGCAGUGCUAGGCUGGAGGACACCGUCCAGCUCCAGAGGCAGGAAGGGGCACAGGUGACCCUGCUGUCCCCAACACAGCUGAAGGAGAAAUUCCCCUGGAUAAACACAGAGGAUGUGGCCUUGGCAGCCUAUGGUCUGGAGGACGAAGGCUGGUUUGACCCGUGGACCCUCCUCAAUGCUUUCCGGUGCAAAGCCAUAUCCCUGGGAGUCCACAGCUGCUCCGGGGAGGUGCGAGCUUUUGUCACCUCAUCCAAUGACACGCUGCCAUCAGCGCCCAAGUCCGCGCGCAUCAAAUACGCCCACAUCUACAUGCCAGACAGCCUGGAAUACCAGCCAGUGUCCUGUGCCAUCGUGGUCAAUGCCGCGGGCGCCUGGGCCGGGAAGCUGCUCGAGGCAGACGGGCUGCCCAGAGACCUGUGCCAGACCCCCCUGCCCAUCCAGCCCAGGAAGAGGUACGUGUUCUGCUGGCACUGCCCCGACGGCCCAGGCCUCUCCUGUCCUCUCCUUGUCGACACCUCUGGAGCUUACUUUCGUCGCGACGGCAUUGCCGGGAACUACCUGGGCGGCAUGAGCCCCCCCGAG